AUGGAAGUUAAUAAUGAGCAGCAGGUUUAUUUGGCCAUGCAAAAUGCACAAGCUAUUAUGCAACAAAGUUCGAAUUUUGACAAUGAUUACCUUAAUAGUGAGGUGACUAAAUUAACAACACUAACAGUUAACAAAAAUCCAAAUAAUGUUUCUUACUUUAAUCCCAAUUACCUUAGUUAUUAUGGUUCAAAACAAACACAACCCCAGCAGUCAAAAAUAAACACAAUUGCAUCUCGUGGUUAUAGCACUAGUCAAAUUAAUGAUAUAAACCCAUACCAGGCAUUAGGAAUAACUACGACGGAACCUUAUGAUUAUAAACAUGGCCACACUGGUGAUGUAGAACCACAUCAAACAUUAGGGGCAAAUAUAACUGCACCUUAUGGUUACAGCACUGGCCACACUGGUAAUGUAGAACCACAUCAAACAUUAGGGGCAAAUAUAACUGCACCUUAUGACCACACUGGUCAUGCAGCACCAUAUCAAACAUUAGGGGCAAAUAUGACUGUACCUUAUGGUUACACUGGUGAUGUAAAACCAUAUCAAACACCAAAAAUAAACAAAACUGCAUUUUAUUGUCAUGGCACUAACCCCACUAGUAAUAAAACACAAAAAACAGGCACAACUGCAUCUCGUAAUAAUAACAAUAACCCCACUAGUAAUAAAACACAAAAAACAGGCACAACUGCAUCUC